CUUCUUCUUCCCUAAUCUCUUUUCUUCUUAUCAUCUCACCUUCUUCCUUCUUCUUUCUUCUAUAUAAACGAUCUUCUAGCUUAUUUGUCUUAUAUUGUUUCUGAUGGUGCAAACAGAUACAGAUCAAAGAAUGAGUCUUGAUUUGAAUCUGUACUCUUUAGCAAAACCCUUAUCUCAAUUUCUCAACGAUGUGUCUAAAAUCAGAGACAAUCAUUCAAAACUGUUUGAAAUAGAUGAAUAUGUCGGAAAAUUGGAGGAAGAGAGGAAGAAGAUCGAUGUUUUCAAACGUGAACUCCCUAUAUGCAUGCUCUUGAUGAACGAAGCGAUUGAGAGGUUGAAGGAAGAGGCUUCAUCAGUAAAACUGGAAAUUGAUAAUAAGAAGAACUGGAUGAACUCUGCCCAGUUAUGGAUCUCGAACACUAACUCCCAGUUGCCAUCAACAAACGGAGAAGAAGACCGGUGUGUGACUCAGACCUGUAGUAAUAAUAAUAACUCUAACCAAGGAGGGGCAAUUCUGUCAUUUAACGUCCCUCCCCGACCACCUCCUCUGUCUCUCAGGACUCCAAUAUUGACUGACUAUAGCAGCAGAAUUGAGCAGAGUCAUCCAAUUCAGAAGAAAGAGCUGAGAAGGAGAUGGUCUGAGGAUCUUCACCGGAGGUUCGUUGAUGCUCUUCAGAUGAUUGGAGGGUCACAAGUGGCAACACCAAAGCAGAUUAAAGAUAUCAUGAAAGUUGAUGGUUUAACCAACGAUGAAAUCAAGAGCCAUUUACAAAAAUAUAGAAUGCAUAUCCACAAGCAUCCAGCAAAGAUUUUGACUGCCUCUGAUCAGCAUGGUUUGUCGAGGUCGGAUUCACCACAAGGCCCGCUUGUUGAUAGAGGUUUGUUCAGCAACAAUGGACAUAGCUCAGAGGAAGAAGAGAAAUCUGAUGGACGUAGCUGGAAAAGUGAAUCAAGGAGGAAGAGACAAGGGUUGUUGGAUCUUGAGCUUUGAAGAUCAAUCAUAUAAUACUAUGCAAUAGUGAUGAAUGAUAAAGUUACCAACUUAUGUUAGGUAUACAAUGCUCAAAACUUAAAAGUUGUAGAUGUAAACAUGAGAGGGGGACAUAAACAGAGGAUUUUGUGCAAUAUAAUAGAUAGAGAGAAAGAGAUCAAAAUCCUCAGUUUGUGUUUUUUUUUUCUAAUUUCAUAAGAAAGGGAAAUUAAUAAAUCAAAGAUUUUGUU